AUGAGCUUAUUCGGUAAGAUUUUUGGUGGGAAGAAGCAGGAUGUUGCUCCGAAUACACAAGAUGCUAUCCAAAAACUGCGAGAAACCGAGGAAAUGUUGAUCAAAAAGCAGGACUUUUUGGAAAAGAAGAUUAAAGAUGUAGGUUAAUG